GCUCAACCAAGUCAUCGCUCUUAACAGUGUGAGAGGAGACCAGGAGAGGGGAAAUGCAAUCUCAGAACUUCACUGCCAAAGCUUAGCACCACAGAGCAGCAGUUCUCUGUGUGUGUGUGGAAACAACAGAAAAAGAGGUUUUCAGACAAAAGCCUGGGGAAAGAAGAGUUUGUACCUCCUAUUUCUUCUGACUGGUAUUUCUCUGAACAGGAACUGCGUUCCUCUUUUACUCUCUUCCCUAUUUCCUGCAUUACUUCAGUCACUGAUAGAUCUAGAAAGAAAGAGGGGCGGAGGGGGGGAGCUUCUGUAUGUGUGUUCUUCUGGGCCUGAAUACCUUCAGUCUUGGUCAUGCAAGCUAGAUUUCUGAACACAGUGUCUUUGUAAAAGGAAGGCAUCUAGCUCCUUUCUGCCAGCUGUCAGGUCAGGAUGAGAUCCCGAAAUCAAGGUGGAGAAAGCUCAUCCAAUGGGCAUUUCUCCAAGUCAAAGCCCAUUAUCAGCAACACAGAAAAUCAAAAAAUUCAGGAAGAUGCAAAGAAAAAGAACAAACACAAUCGAAAAGAGGAUGAAGACCCAGGCUCAGGAAAUGUUAAGCAGCAGAGCAGACUGCCAGGUCCUAGUGAGCGGAAAAACAAGAAGUCAAUAGAGCUUUCUAAAGAGGAUCUGGUCCGGCUCCUUAGCAUAAUGGAAGGAGAACUACAGGCUAGAGAAGAUGUGAUCCACAUGCUGAAGACAGAGAAAAUCAAGCCUGAAGUUCUGGAAGCACACUAUGGAUCUUCAGCUCCAGAGAAUGUCCUAAGAAUAUUGCACAGGGAUGCUGUCCUUGCCCAUGAGAAAUCAAUAGGAGAAGAUGUAUAUGAGAAGCCAGUUUCAGAGCUGGACAGACUUGAAGAGAAGCAGAAGGAAACAUACCGGCGCAUGCUUGAGCAGCUUCUUUUGGCAGAGAAAUGCCAUCGGCGCACAGUUUAUGAGCUGGAAAAUGAGAAGCAUAAACAUACAGAUUACAUGAAUAAGAGUGAUGACUUUACCAACCUCUUGGAGCAGGAGCGUGAAAGAUUAAAGAAGCUUCUUGAACAGGAAAAGCUCUAUCAAGCCCGCAAGGAAAAAGAACAUGCAAAAAGGCUCAACAAACUAAGAGAAGAAUUGGUCAAACUCAAAUCAUUUGCACUCAUGCUUGUGGAUGAGAGACAGAUGCAUAUUGAACAACUUGAUCAGCAAACCCAGAAAAUACAAGAUCUGACUCAAAGAUUAAGGGAAGAAGAAGAAAAACUUAAAAUUUUGGGUAUCAAAGCAAAAGAGGAUGGACAGAAACUAAUGAAGUUAGAGGCAGAACUUGAACACAAGACUUCCUCAUUUUCCCAAGAGCAUGAGGAGAUGACUGCCAAAUUGGUUAGCCAAGAGUCGCACAAUAAACAGCUCAGGCUUAAGUUGGUUGGCUUAACCCGCAGAAUUGAGGAGCUGGAAGAAACCAACAAAAAUCUUCAAAAGACUGAAGAAGAGCUUCAAGAACUGAGAGACAAAAUAGCCAAAGGGGAAUGUGGGAACUCCAGCUUGAUGGCUGAGGUGGAAAACCUCCGCAAACGUGUGCUUGAAAUGGAAGGCAAAGACGAGGAGAUCACAAAAACCGAAUCCCAGUGUAAAGAGCUUAAAAAGAAACUGCAAGAGGAGGAGCACCAUAGCAAGGAACUGAAGCUUGAGGUGGAGAAACUGCAGAAGAGAAUGUCUGAACUGGAGAAGCUGGAGGAGGCUUUCAGUAAAAGCAAAUCUGAAUGCACCCAGCUGCGUUUGAAUCUGGAGAAAGAAAAGAACUUAACCAAAGACUUGAUCAAUGAGUUAGAAGUGUUGAAAACACGAGUAAAGGAUCUUGAGUCUUCAGAAAGUAAAUUGGAAAAGGCUGAAUUAAUCUUAAAAGAUGACCUUACAAAGCUGAAGUCCUUUACUGUCAUGCUGGUUGACGAAAGAAAAAACAUGGUGGAUAAGAUAAAGCAGGAAGAGAGAAAAGUUGAAAGCUUGAGUAAGAACUUUAAGGUGGAGCAAGGUAAAGUUAUGGAAGUGACUGAGAAGCUAAUAGAUGAAAGCAAAAAGCUUUUGAAGUUGAAAUCGGAAAUGGAGGAAAAAGUGUCCAGUUUGACAAAGGAAAGAGAUGAGUUAAUUGGCAAGUUGAAGAGUGAGGAGGAAAGAUCUGCUGAGCUGAACUGUACAGUGGUUCUACUGAAGAAAAGGAUUGAUGGCAUAGAGGAGGUAGAAAGAGAAAUAGCCAGAGGUCGCGUUAGAAAAGGGUCUGGGCUUUCUGGACAAGAGGACAACAAGAUUAAAGAACUAACGGUUGAAAUUGAAAGACUGAAGAAGCGUCUCAAGCAAUUGGAAGUGGUUGAAGGAGACUUGAUGAAGACUGAGGAUGAAUAUGAUCAACUGGAGCAAAAAUUUAGGACGGAGCAGGACAAAGCUAACCUUCUUUCUCAGCAGCUGGAAGAAAUGAAGCUCCAGAUUGCAAAAAACAAAGCAAUAGAGAAGGGGGAGGCAGUGACUCAGGAGGCAGAGCUGAGGCAAAGGUUUCGGCUGGAAGAGGCUAAAAGCAGAGACUUGAAAGCAGAAGUGCAGGCUCUCAAAGAGAAAAUUCAUGAGCUGAUGAACAAAGAAGAUCAGCUUUCUCAGCUCCAAGUGGAUUACUCAGUCCUUCAGCAAAGGUUUCUGGAAGAAGAAAAUAAAAACAAAGUCAUGGGGCAAGAGGUGCUGAAUUUAAUGAAAGAGCUUGAGCUGUCUAAACGCUACAGUCGUGCUCUUAGACCCAGCAUGAAUGGCAGAAGAAUGGUAGAUGUGCCUGUUACAUCCACUGGAGUACAAACUGAUGCAGUAAAUAGUGAAACAGCGGAAGAGGAGACACCAGCUGUGUUCAUAAGGAAAUCAUUCCAGGAAGAGAACCACAUUAUGAGCAAUCUUCGGCAGGUUGGCCUUAAAAAGCCCACUGAGAGGUCAUCCGUGCUUGACAGAUAUCCUCCUGCAGCGAAUGACCUUACAAUGAGGAAGUCCUGGAUUCCAUGGAUGAAAAAAAGAGAAACUGGUUCUCAGACAACUCCAGAUAAAGGAGCCAGAAUACAAACCAGUCCAGAACAUCCUAGGGAGGUUGUCCUUUCUCCAAAGCAGGGGCAGCCUCUUCACAUUCGGGUAACUCCAGAUCAUGAGAACAGUACAGCUACUUUGGAGAUUACUAGUCCAACAGCUGAAGAUUUCUUCUCCAGUACUACUGUUAUCCCCACACUGGGGAAUCAGAAACCACGGAUUACCAUCAUUCCCUCUCCUAAUGUCAUGUCCCAAAAAGGGAAAGGUGGUGAGAGCCCAUUGGGCCCAGAGCGAGCCAUGUCACCGGUGACUAUAACUACUUUCUCCAGAGAGAAAUCCUCAGAGAGCACGAAGUCUCCUUUCAUGGAAAGACCUGUAUCACCAAUUCAAAUAAUGACAGUGUCUACCUCGGCAGCACCUGCAGAAAUUACUGUGUCUCCAGAAUCACAGGACAUGACCAUGGGGAGGGCUGUGUUUAGAGUGACUCCAGAAAAACAAACUGUCCCAACUCCAGUCCGAAAGUACAAUGCCAACACAAACAUUAUAACAACAGAGGACAACAAAAUUCAUAUCCACUUAGGGUCUCAGUUUAAGCGCUCACCUGGCACUGCUCAAGAAGGAGCAAGCCCUGUGAUAACUGUCAGGCCUAUGAAUGUAGCAGCAGAGAAGGAAGUCAUGACUGGAACUGUUCUUCGUUCUCCCAGGAAUAAUGUAUCCUCAAGGCUUGGAGCAAGCAAAGUUACAAGUACCAUCACUAUAACUCCAGUUACUACAUCUUCCACACGAGGAACACAAUCCAUGACAGGACAGGAUGGGUCAUCCCAGAGACCUACACCCACCCGAAUCCCUGUAUCUAAAGGUAUGAAAGCAGGGAAACCAGUAGUGACAGCCUCAGGACCGGGAAAUCAGAACAAAUUCGAACCUCGAGCAGAGACUCAGUCUAUGAAAAUAGAACUGAAGAAGUCUUCAGCCAGUAGCUCUACCUCCCUUGGUGGGGGGAAGGGCUGAGGGCAGUGGCUAAGGGGAGAGCAUCAUCAUUCAUCAGUUACGCAUGAACUCAAGAUGAUAUGCCAUGCAAGCUCCAUACUAUACAUGUGCACUUCUUCUCCACACCACUUGGUUUGAUCACUGCUGAAGCUCCACCUCCAUCACUGAUCUUCCGUGCUACUGAUUGCUUAUGGAUUUUACUCCUUUCAUUGGAAUCUGGUUUUUUUCCUGUGUAGAUCUUUUUUUUUUUUAUUAAAGAAACCAUAUAUUUGACUUUUUGAUAUUAGAUAGAAAGAGAACUACAUAUUUUGUGCCAGUUUUACUCUAAUUUUGCAAAGCCUUUGAAUCAUGUUUGCUUUACAUUUUGGUGUUUCCUACAUAAUUUAUUUUUAUAAUAUACUUUGUAAUGGAAGCUUGUUGUUUGGCCAGAUCUUCUGACUUUGCUUGUCUGUGGCACGUUCAUUAGUAGAAUACACUGUAAAAGAUUUCAGAAUGCCGGUUUAUAUAUUUUGUAGUGGAGUUUAUAAAGAUGUUGACUUGACCUCAAUAAUGGCACCUUUUAAGAAAACUUUGCCACAACAUUUCCUAGCCAUAAUGUGACUGAGAGAUUAACUGCCCUGAAGACUGCUCUGUGAGAUAAUAUUAUAGGGGUUUUUUUUGCACUGUGCUGUGGUUUUAAUAUAAAACGGAACACCAACAAACCAAAGCUUUGAAACAGUAUUAGACUGAAGAAUCGUUUUUAAAUGUUGUAUGCUGAUUUCUAUUACGCCAUGCUCACAUAAUGUGUGUUUUAACAUAUGUCUGUACCAAAAAGGUUUCUUAAUUACACUGUAACAAAUAAAUUUUCACAAGUGUGCAACAGUAACAUGGUGUUCCAAUUGUAACCCUAGUGUCGGAAGGGGCUGCUAAUUCUGAAGCUUAUCAACCAUUCACAUUUAUUUCAUUUAUUUAUGUUUGUUCCAUUGUGAGUCAAACACUGAUUGAUUAAUCCUAUGCAGAGUUUAGUGCCCUUGAGCCUUUUAAUUUCACUGUGUUUAGGCAUGCCUAGCUCUGCAUUGUAUCAGCCCAUAAAUUAUUUGCCAGCUGCUUCACUAGUUGAAUUGCUAUGAUAUACUCCAAAUCUGCUGCACACAGUAUGGGAGCAUACCAGCCUAGCCUUAUUUGACUAUGUUAGUGGGUUACACUUUACACUAGGAGUGGCUGCCUUGCUCCUAUUUCAAUAUUAUAUUCUAGAUGGAAGGCAAAAAUAGUAUUAUUUGUCUGAGUCACCAGCACUGGUGAAGCACUCUGGGAAUUCUAUCAGAAUCCUGUGGUAGCUGCAUUUUAAAUAAAAAAUGCAUUUUAAAAAAUGUCUUUUCAAUGAAAUACAAUCCAUACAUUAUUAAACUACUUCUAAAAAAUAGGUGUUUCAAAUUGUUCCCAUAUUUGUACACAUUCUAGGAUGCUGAAUAGUGUCUCUGUGUGUGCAUUUUACACACACACACACACACUUUAUAUAUAUAUAUAUAUAUUGAUUGGUUGGUUGUAUAUAGAUGCAAUAGGGAAAGUGUUGAUAGAAAAAAAAUAAUGUAAGUGAUGGGUAGUAAUACUCUUAAGGAUUAUUUUGGAUCCACACUGUACAGAACACGGAAGGCAUAUAAUUGAGGGACUUCUAGAUAAAAAAAAGGUUGUUAGUGUAAGGCACACUAAAGCAGUGCAUCUGGUGCUCACAAGAAAGGGGAGCAUGCAUCCACUGUGUGCUAAUCAGUGCUGUUACAAAUGCACUAGCAAGGUAAGUGUUGUUGAUAUAAUCCAUAUUUAGUGACUCAUCAAGCCCUCUCAUGCUUUUGGUCCUGGCCACUGUGGAGAGCUAGACAUAGGGUUGGUAAAGGAGAGAGAGAAGAAGUGAACGGGAAGAUUUUGAGAAAAGAAGUAGUGAAUGAGGAUAGGGAAAGGUUACCUGUUUACAGCAUGGAAUAGAAGCUGAGGAUAGCAGAAGAAAAGUAUUGGGAGGAAAGUUUAUUGUAAAGAAAGACUUUUGUUCAUUUAUAAAAGUAGGAAAGGGACUUGCCAAGAUGAACAAAAAGUUCCAGACAAGGUGAAAUAGCAAGAAGUUAGAUAUUGGGGUGGAGAGAACUAAUACAUUAGAAUAUCUAAGGAGGUUCAGUUAAAUUGGAGUGGAAAUACACUGCUAGGAUGUUUCUACAAAGCACCAAAUGAAAAUAGCUGAUAACCGUUUCACACAUUGUGCAGCAGCAAACCCAGGUUUGUCACCAAGUGUACACUUGACAAGAAGCUGUAGCCAAACAUGAUUUGCUGCUUGACCGUAGCUGUGUGAUAGUGAUUUCACACUUUAUGCUUUUUGGUACACCUAAAAAGUUCUUAGAUAUAAUAUGUGAAGUGGCCCCAUGGUUAACACACAUGACAGUAAGUUCCAAUGAAACGAAAAAGACUUAUUUUCCCAAAGCUUGAACAGGAUGAAGCUGGGAGGAGCACAACAGACAAGUUUGUCACAGAAUUCAACUUCCUAGUGAGAUAGCGAUCCAGUCUGUCUACCUUGAAAUGCAUCCUUCAGGUUCUAGGCAGACUUCAGAAGUGUUAUGAUUUGUUUGUAAAUUUUUUGUUCCUUUGAAAAUCAUGAACAUUAAAAAAAAUCUGAUUAUGUGUGUCCAUA